AUGUCCACCUGGGCCGACCAGAUCGAGGCCGCUCGUGGGCAGCACAGCGACGUGGCAACUUUCGACGCUGCGUGCAGCUGGGUGCAGGACGUCGCCGCUCCGCAGCGGCUCCUGCCUGACGCCUGCCUCUUGCGGCUGUAUGCUGCCUUCAAGCAGGCGACAGUUGGCCCGGCGCCGCCGCGCUCUGGCCAGUUGGACCCGAAAAAGCGCGCCAAGUGGCAGGCGUGGGACGCUGUGCGCAGCCUCGACAAAAGAGAGGCUCGCCACCUCUACUGCACGCUCGUCACACAGUUCUCAGCGGCCGCCGCGGCGGCGACGCCAACGCGAGGAGGUCAGCCUCCAACGCCAACGCCAAAGCCGACCAGCGCGCCGGCGGCCGCCACGGAGCUGCUGCCCGUGACUUCCCGCGUUCUCUCUUUUGGACCGAGCCGCAGCGGCGCAGUCGUGUACCGCGUCGCGUCGCGCUGGGCCGGCGGCGGCAGCGUGUCUACGCACCGGCGCUUCUCAGACUUCCGCACGCUGCACACGGCGCUGCGCAGCCCGCUCUCGCUCGGCGAGUUCCC